CACGCGACAACUUCGUUUCACUGUGACUUCAUUUUUUCGGCUGCGCUGCGGAGCUCUGAGUUCAGCCCAUUCGCCCACAUCAAGGCUACGACUCGGCAGCCACGAUUCUACAUCGCAUAAAAGGAGGUUUGCUCUGAGGCGUGGGAGCUCCGGGGGCAAACAGUUGCCUGUGCUUUUUUCUCGUGGUCAUAAUCAUUACUAUCAACUAAUUGUAUGUUCGAUUUGACCCAUUGAUUGUCGACAGUUCAGCACCAAGAAAAGUUAGUGCAUAUUGCACUAGGAAAUUCCUUUUCCGAGUUCCUUUCGCUGGCAAGAUGUACUAUGUCAAAGUAGACAGUGUGGCAGCUUGCCUUCUGACUCUCUUCUUCUUCUUUUCAACACUGAGCUGUCCGGCUGCGACGUCGGCGAACGGACCUACGCCGCCGAAGCCCAAGCCCAAUAUAUUUCUGGUCCUGGCAGACGACCUGGACGAGCGUCUGGGAUCGGUGCCCUUGGCGCUGAACAAUACGCUCAAGUAUUUCAGCAAACACGGCACAAUAUUCGAGAACGCGUUCGUCACCACGCCUGUUUGCUGCCCGAGUAGAUCGUCCAUGCUAAGCGGUCUGUACGCGCACAACCAUGGAGCGUUGACCAACAACGAUGAGUGCAAUGGCGAGUUCUGGAAGAAGAACAUCGAGCACAAGACGAUCGGAGUUCGCAUGCAGCAAGCUGGGUACCAAACAGCAUACAUCGGCAAAUACCUGAACAACCUAAACCUGUCAGCAGUUCCGCCAGGAUGGGACCACUGGUUCGUGCAGCGAGGCAACUCCAAGUACUACAACUUUACCAUGGUACGGGGCAGCAGCAACUCUACGCAUGGUGGCUUGACCAGGGAGCGGAUCACCUACUCCGGCAACGAACGCGUCAACUACUUCACGUCCGUCAUCCAGAGAGAGACGGCGCAGCUGCUGGAGAAACUGGCGUCAGUCUCACCGCAAGAACGCAAGCCAAUGUUCGCCAUCAUCAGUCUGCCUGCAUCGCAUGGACGCGCCGAUGCGGAGCCCCAGUACCGGAGACAUUUUGCUGGCGUGAAGGCACCGAGAACACCAAACUUCAAUGUACGCAGCCCGGACAAGCACUGGAUCAUCCGAUUCCGCCACGAGCUGUCCGAAACUGAGCUGAACCUCAUCGAUUUCAGCUACCGGCGGCGGCUGCAGACGCUGAGGAGCGUCGACGACUUUAUGACAAAGGUUUUCCGGCGCCUCAACCGCUUUCGGCUGCAAAACAACAGCUAUGUAUUCUUCACGAGCGAUCACGGGUUUCACCUGGGACAGUUUGCGCAGCUCAAGGGCAAGAAUCAGCCGUACGAAGAAGACACGCGGGUGCCGAUGUUCGCUGUCGGACCAGGAGUUCCGAAAGGCAAUCGGGUGAGACAGAUUGUGCUGAACAUCGACCUGGCACCGACGUUUGUGGACAUUGCCAAGGUGGCGCACCUGAACAAGGACAUGGACGGAGCGUCUAUCAUGAUGCUGUUGAGAAAGCUGAAAAAGCAGCGUACUCGUCCCAAGAUGUCCUUAGGCUGGCGCACGAGUUUCUUGAUCACCAAGUUCAAGCAUAGUCAGCAGAAUUACGAGGACGACCAUCUCUUCCUCGGCCGUUGGGGAAAGAAGUCACCGCAGGGCAGAACGCCAAGCCUUGAGCAAGCGCCCGCACGACGCAAGAGGAUACGCGAUCCGGGCGAGGUGAGCGAUGUGCGCUUGAACUCGCACUACCAGCUGCCACGCCAGCGUCGCAACAUCACCGUGACGACCAACACGACGGUGACGAUGCGGGCCGCCAUGGUGGUGAAGCUGGUGCGCUGGAUGAAGCACUCCGGCUGCCGGCCCAUACAGCGCUGCACGCUGCAGUACCUGCGCGCCGAACGCAUCAGCAACCUCGCCGACGAGGUGGCCGACGGCGGUCCGUCGCCACGCCAACGGUCUCGCCGCGCGGUCGUCCCGGCGCCGGUGUCCAUGUACGACAGUCAGAUCCUAUCGCUGCUCAGCGAGCAGGAGGCGUGCAACUGCACACCGCCCGCCCUGGAGAACGCCUGCACCGGGCAGCAGGCGGUCGGCUGGAAAUGCAAUCGGUACGCGCCGUGCCGUACGCACCACUUUGAGUCUGAGCGCGAGCAGCGACGCUGCCAGCGUGCCAAGGACUGCAAGAAGGAGGGAAUAAGCUGCCAGCUGAUCACUCCCCGGCAUUGGAGAACGCCACCAUACUACACAGGCGGUGACGUGUGCCACUGUGCCAACACUCGUAACAGCAGCUACUGGUGCGAGCGGCGCAUCGACGAAGAUGACGACUACCUGUUCUGUCACUUUGUAACCGGCUUUGGCGAGUUCUUCGACAUGAGACGGGAUCCGUGGCAGAUGAACAACAAGCACAGCGAAAUCGAGGCACGUCCGUCCGUGUACAACCACAUCAUGAGACGGCUGUCCUAUCUGCGCACAUGCAGUGGCCACCAACAGUGUUCAAGUGGACAGUUUGCUAUGACGUCUUCUGAUCCAUUCUGGACGUCUAGCCGUCUCGAUUCCGUCGAGGAAGCCUCUAACCAGUGAAAGUGAGGGAUUGUUAUCGCCAGUAGCGCAGCCAUUAGAGUGGGUGAGCGAUUGUUAUCGCCAGUAGCGCAGCCAUUAGAGUGGGAGUGAUUCCUAGAAACUCUAUUUCUCUAGCUACAGCACUGGUAUGCCCGCAUCGGAGCAGGUGGAUCGACACAUCCCGUACACUGCUCGUGGGUACAGGAAUCUACCCCCCCCCCCCCCUCCCACACACACACUCAGCAGGAGCAUGGUUAAUCUGUGUUCUCGCCCGGUACGCGCGCACGUAUCUUGCAUGUUGGUGCGUGUGUGUACGUGUGUGUGUACGUGUGUGUGUACGUGUGUGUGUGUACAUAUGUGUGUAUGUGUGUGUACAUGUGUGUCUGUGUGUGUAUGUACGCGUGCGUGCGUGUGUAUGUAUGUGUGUGCAUGCGUGUGAGCUUGCAGCUAACAAUAACUGUUCAAUUUAUCUGUACAUACGGGUAAAUACAAUAAGACCUUGACACAGCCUUUGUAAACAUGUUCUUGAGUAUUCCGCCCAUACUUCUAACCUGUGACCGCUGGGACUCCCAAUCUCACAGUGUCUCUCCCAUUUUUCCCACGCUUUCCCUAGACAUGUAGAUAGGUAUGUGGGUUAUAAAGACACCACUUGUACAUUGACUUGAGUCGUUGCUCCCCUUGUAGCAUGUAUUCUGUUCUGCUUGCUCCUGCAACUGCUGCCGCUAUUCAUGCCUGGGUGAACCUAAUUUCUGUUUGAGACCCGCCGACAGUCUAGAUUGCCGAGCACUCUAAACUCAGCGUAGUAUAUACCUCUAGAUUGUAACCAGUGCAGGCAAAGACACUGCUCAGGCCUCCCCACGCUCCUCUCCGGCGCAGCAAUGUGGAUGUCCUGCUCUUAGUGACUACAUGUAUACUCUACCCGUGGUCUUGGCAGCCAUGACAACGGCGAGGACAUUGCCAAACAUUUCUUGGAUACCUUGCUUUCGUUUUCAGCUCUUGCUUUCUCCUUCCUUUUUUUCCCUUGCCUUGUAAUGCUGUGCUGUAAAAUAGCUCCAUCACGCGGCAUUCUUUGCGCAACAUCGAACUUCCACGUCAAUGUCCAUAUUUAUCGCUCAGGUCUAUUUAUCACGUUCCAUGCAAAGGCAAUAAAUAAGUAUUAUCUUGGUGCUUGCGUUUUGUUUUCUCUCUAAUUCCGUCAAACCGCCGCUAUACUGAAUCACCAUAAGUUAAACUAUCUUUAGCUGCUUCCUUUGAUCAGAAUAAUACUUUAUAGUGAUCUAUAUCUGACCCGCAAAAUAUGAAUACUAUAAUUUCUUUUGCCAUGAAACUCUGAGUAACAGCUUUAAAAGUCGGCCUACAAGUACCUGUAGUUCCAUU